AUGUUCUGGAGCCUGAUUUUAAAUGUCUGUUUUAUUUCUCAUUGCAAGUUUGCUUCUAGCCAUAUAAAGGAGGGCCUGAUCAUGGAGCAGGACCCAGAGAGCCGAGAGUCUAUCGAGAACUUUACCACUGACUAUAAGAUCAUAAGAACCCUGGGAAGGGGACGAUUUUCAGUCGUAAAAAUGGCCUACCACGUCCCAACCCUCACCUGUGUAGCUAUAAAAGUUCUCAAGAACACCGAGAAGUGCUCCUCAGUGAUGAGCAGGGAAGUUGACAUUCUAAAGUCCCUGGGCCAUCCUCAUAUCAUCAAGGUGGUCGAAGUGGUCCAGACAAGAGAGGCCACCCACCUGGUCAUGGAGCAUGCCUCUCAGGGAGACCUACUGGACCGAAUCCGGGAAUGUGGAUAUUUAAAGUCGUGGGAGGCCCGAAGAAUGUUUAGACAGAUAUUAGAGGCAGUACAAUUCUGCCAUGACAAUAAUAUUGUCCACCGAGACAUAAAGGCCAACAACAUUUUGAUAGACGGAAGGUCGAAUGCCAAGCUCUGUGAUUUUGGCCUAGCUGCUAAAACACUUCCUGGGCAGAAGCUGAUUGAUUUCUGUGGCACGCUGCCAUACUGUGCGCCAGAAUUCUUUGAAGCUGAGGAAUAUGAGGGCCGCCCAUUUGACGUAUGGAGUGUAGGUGUCCUCCUCUUCUUCAUGGUGACUGGGCACUUGCCUUUCCUAGGCAAGUCAUUUGCAGAGGUGAGGAGACAAAUCAGUUCAGCCAAUUUCAGCAUUCCGCCUCACGUUGCCAACGAUAUUUUCAAUGUUAUAGUGGAAAUGCUGAUGAUAAAUCCCAGCAGGAGGCCCAGCAUCCAGCAAAUUAUGAUGCGCCCCAUGAUCAAAGACAGCCAGGCCUACUCACCACCGACAUCCAUACAGACGUUCACAGGAACACCAAGCCCUAGCAUCAUCAAAGCCAUGAGAGUCAUGAGGCAUACACCUGAGAAAAGCACUGAGUCUCUGAUAGACCAAAAUAUCAACGAGAGAACAUUGGUCUUCAUCAUGAAGUAG